AUGUCGCUUGAAGUAUUGUCAAAACUUAAACAACCAGGUACUGGUGGCCUCAACUACUUUGUUGCUGCCCAUGUUGGUGGUGCUGGCAUCAAAAUGAGGUUCACUGACGCCAAUGAUUCCACAAAUUUCGUUGACUUACCAUUACUUAAGGCCCAAGACACAGUCAGUCUCUUAGGACAAGUCAGCCGCGUCAGCAACGAGUUUGAUAACCGUUUCAACAAGUCAAUUUGCUGUGGUGCAGUCGUUUCAAUCGUAGGACCUGUCAAAGACGGCGAAACAGGUGUCCUCACAAACUGGGCAGGCAGACCAGAUGCCAGAACAAUCUCUGUUCAGCAACUUCCUGUUAAGUUGUUCCCAACAGGAUAA